GAACCACCUCUUCCCCUCCCACCACCUCGAGCCACAGAAUGGACCAGACAGUUGCUCGGAAAACGCUCCAGGAGCUUAUCAAGCGGGAAGAUCUCGAUAACAAACGGUGCAUCGACUGCUCCAACCCAAACCCCCAAUGGGCCUCCCUCAGUUUUGCAGUAUUUUUGUGCUUGCAAUGUGCAGGCGUGCACCGAGGCUUCGGUGUCCAUAUUAGUUUCGUGAGAUCGGUGUCAAUGGAUACGUGGCAAGAAGAGCAGAUCAAGAGGAUGCAGCUAGGCGGCAAUUCGCCAUUCAAGGAAUUCAUGAAGACGUACGACCCCCAAACGGGCGGGUACAAGGAGGGAAUGAGCUCGUACGAUACCUAUCAUAGCUGGGCUGCGACUCAAUACCGGGAAAAGGUCGACGCCGCGUUGGCCGGAAGGCCGUGGUCGCCAUCCGCACCGCCGGAACGCGUGGGCUCUCCCGACUCGUUGAGCGCGCCCGGCCGCCCAUCCUCUGCGCAGGGACUGCGCAAAUCCAGGGCAUCCGCCCGUUCAAACACGGGACGAUCGCUCCGCAGCGACUCUGCGUCCCCUGCAUCAUUCAGCAACGCGAAUUCGCCCGCAGUCAGCCCGAAUCCCAACAUGACCGGCUCAUUCGACCAACGGACCGCGAACGAGUCCUUCUUUGCCGGGCUCGGACAAACGAACGCGUCCCGACCGGUCGACCUUCCGCCUUCUCAGGGAGGCCGGUACCAGGGGUUCGGAAGCACACCCACUCCUCCUCCGGGAUCUCAGCACCCGUCGUUUGUGCUGUCGUCCGCUGCUGCGCCGUCCCUGAGCGAGCUGCAGGAGAACCCUAGGGCUGCGCUCAGUAAGGGCUGGUCUCUCCUCUCCGCAGCCGUGGCAGGCGCAUCCCGCGUAGUAACGGAGAACGUGAUCCAGCCCGGAGUCGAGAAGGUUACAGACCCGAACUUCCAGGCGGGUGUGAGAGGAUACGUCACGGAAGCUAGCAAGCGCGCCGGGGAUGUUGGCCGGACCGCGAACAUGUGGGGAAAGGUGACAUUUGGGGUGGACGUCGCCGAGUCUGUCGGUGGCGUGGUUGGCACGGUGAAGGACCGCGUCGGCGGAGGACCGGAACACAGGGGGUAUGGCGCGGUCGGAUUACAGCACGAAGAGGAGUCCUCCGCGCUCUAUCACGACGACGAGGAUUUCUUCGACCAAUACAACUCUAACUCCCAUCAAGAUGGCUCCUCGUCGAUGAAUACCCAGGCUUCGACAACGGCGCAACGGGCGCCUGCGAAGAAGGCCGACGACUGGGAUGAGUGGAAGGACUUCUAGGCUCGGGCACGAUUGGAGGAUGGAUCUCGGGUAUUCACGCUAUUUAUUCUCUUCUGAGGCCGGAUAGAUGUCUUUAAUUAGCCUGUAUUCCUGGAACCGCGCGAACUGUUGUGG